GAAUAUUCGCUGUCUCUUCUUCAGAUCGGGGUCAACGGUCUCACUAGCUUCAUCUCGUUAAUUACCAAGCCUUAUUGUUACACAGCAAGGUUGCAUGUAAUUAUCACCACAGCCAUGUUCCUGGCUAAGCCUCGCUAUUAAUAGAAGCAGAAUUCUUAACUUGAGUCUACGAAUAUGUCAUAGAUCGCAUCACGAAGAUGCGGCGAAGCACACGUUUUGUUUGUGUCUCAGAUACGCAUGCUUACACCCCUUCUGAGGCCGGCUUCAAGUUACCAGCUGGAGACGUCUUGAUCCAUGCGGGCGAUCUCACCAACCAUGGUAGCAUGGCUGAGCUCCGUAGGACUAUGGAUUGGAUCUCCGCCGCUGAUUUUGAAGUUAAGAUCAUUGUCUGUGGAAAUCACGACGUCACGCUGGAUGCAGAGUUUUACGCCCGCCACGGCUCGAAAUUUCAUGGUCAGCAUCUCGAAGACCCCCAGAAAUGCAUCGAACUUGUCACCGAAGCAUCCAAGUCUUCCAUCGCAUUUCUCAGGCACGAGUCAGCACUAGUUCGGCUGAAUCGGCCCAACGGCCCAAACACGGUUUUCAAAGUCUUUGGCUCCCCAUACUCCCAAUCAUCAGGAACCUGGGCUUAUGGAUACGACUCCUCGGAGGCAGCUCGACUCUGGAGCAGUAUUCCAUUGGAUUCGGACAUUGUGGUAACACACACACCUCCCCAUUCACACUGCGAUCGUCACGAAGCAGCGGGCGUAUCAGUUGGCUGUGAAGCUCUCCGUCAGGUCUUGAGCAACGUUCGACCGAUGCUGGCCGUGUGUGGCCAUGUGCACGAGUCGAGAGGCUAUGAAAGAGUGCAGUGGCUCCCAUCAUCUACACCGUCACACUUGGCAUCAACCACACAUGGGCGGGCAAGUCAAACCAUUCAGGGCGUCCUCCCUCCUCGAGAAAGUAAAAAGCAGAGCCUCGUGGACCUUACCGGGAAAAGGUCACCAAAGCUAGACAAUGACGGUUUCUUUGCUGAGCAAGUGGCAACGUCAUUCAGAACAGUUUUCCAACCGAGGCAGAAGGUCAAACUAACUCCACUGCCUGAUCCGUCGUUGCCUGGUGGACUCCACUCGCACAGACGCGAGACUUGCAUCAUCAAUGCAGCGGUCAUGGCAACGAGCUGGCCUCAUCGAGGAGGGAAGAGGUUCAAUACGCCCAUCGUGGUCGAUCUAGACCUCCCGACAGGGAGGGGAUUUUGAGGAGCAACUCUGAAGUGCACGGGCUCAGAAAUAUGACGCCUAGCGUUCCUAGAAGCACCAAAGCAUCAUCUCAGCUUACUGUGUAGUACUGCAUUGGUUUCUGAGGUUCUGAUCCCAUCGAGGAUCCCGCGAACAGCUUGAGCUUUGACCCCGGUUUGACGUAUCCGUGGCUGUUUUAGGUUGUAUGCGUUUGUAGUUGCCUUGGAACAAAAGAAGAAGACUUUUCACCCGGACAGUAGGUCUGAUCCGCUCCUUUCUACUUUGGGCAGACGCCUUAACAUGAUUAUGACAUGAUUGGAGAUCCAUAUGAAUCGUCGGAAAAGGAUCGUUGGUAGUAAGAAUUUACAUCAAGAGCUAGUGGCAGCAAGGCGGGGUACUGGGAAUAGUGAUGCUUCAUGGCUUCCUUGCUCAAUGCGCAGGGUCGAAUCGUCAUUUGACGACAUCAGACCAGGAUCAAAAGUCACCCAGUGGAAGCAGACAGGG